AUGCCUAGAGGUCAGAAGAGUAAGCUCCGUGCCCGUGAGAAGCGCCGCCAGGCCCGUAGUGAGGCCCAGGACCUGGAGCGUGCUCAGGCCACCGCAGCAGCUGCAGGGGAGUCCUUCUCCACUGCCUGUGCUCUCUCGGGGGGCCGCCCUGAGAAUUUGCCUGCUGCUGCAACAGCUAGCAGUCCUCAGGCACCUAAGGGAGCCUCAGGUUCCACCAGUGCUAGUGUAGCCAUGUCAUGCACUGAUUCAGAUGAAGGUGCCAAGAGCGAAGAUGAGGGAAGCCCCAACUCCUUUAGUGGCACUGAGGUCUCACGCAGAGACCCAUUAAACAAGAAGGUGAUUCUGUUGGUACAGUUCCUACUGCAGAAGUAUCAAAAUAAAGAGCCAAUUACCAAGGCAGACAUGCUGAGGUUGGUCAUCAAAAAGUACAGGUGUCAUUUCAAUGAGAUCCUAAAGAGAGCCUCUGAGCACAUGGAGCUGGCCUUCGGUGUUGAUUUGAAGGAAGUGGAUCCCAUCCGGCACUGCUAUGCCCUUGUCAGCAAACUAGACCUCACCUUCGAUGGGACGAUGCGCGACGAAGAGAACAUGCCCAAGACGGGCCUCCUGAUGAUUGUGCUGGGUGUGAUCUUCAUGAAGGACAACUGCGCCGCAGAGGAGGAGGUCUGGGAAGUCCUGAAUAUGAUGGGUGUCUAUGCCAACAGGAAGCACUUUAUCUAUGGGGACCCCAGGAAGGUCAUCACUGAAGAUUUAGUGCAGCUAAGGUACCUGGAGUACCGCCAGGCACCCGACAGCUUCCCUCCACGCUACGAGUUCCUGUGGGGGCCCAGGGCCCAUGCUGAGACCAGCAAGAUGAGAGUCCUUGAGUUUUUAGCCAAGGUUCAUGACACGGUCCCCACUGCCUUCCCAGCCUGGUAUGAAGAGGCUUUGAAAGAUGAGGAAGAGCGAGCCCGAGCCCGAGCUGCUGCCCGGGCUCGGACUGCUGCCCUGGUCCGUGCACGUGCCAGGGCCUUGGCUGGGGGCAUCUCCCACACUAAGUGA